AUGGCUGAUUUUAUAAAAUUGUCGAUCUUUGGAACGGUUUUUGAAGUCACAACAAGAUAUGUUGAUCUUCAACCCGUUGGCAUGGGGGCUUUUGGUUUAGUUUGUUCCGCAAAGGACCAACUUACCGGUACAAACGUUGCAAUAAAGAAGAUUAUGAAACCCUUUAGUACUCCUGUACUUUCAAAAAGAACAUAUCGUGAACUUAAACUAUUGAAACAUUUGAAACAUGAGAAUAUCAUUAGUUUAAGUGACAUUUUUAUUUCUCCGUUAGAAGAUAUAUAUUUUGUUACCGAAUUGCUAGGAACAGAUUUACACAGACUUUUGACUUCUCGUCCAUUGGAAAAACAAUUUAUUCAAUACUUUUUGUAUCAGAUAUUGAAACCAAGCAAUAUUUUGGUUAAUGAAAAUUGUGACUUGAAGAUAUGUGAUUUUGGACUUGCCCGUCUUCAAGAUCCACAAAUGACUGGAUACGUUUCAACAAGGUAUUACAGAGCUCCCGAAAUCAUGCUCACUUGGCAAAAGUACGAUGUAGCAGUUGAUAUUUGGAGUGCUGGUUGCAUCUUCGCUGAAAUGUUAGAAGGGAAACCUUUAUUUCCCGGAAAAGACCACGAUGUAAUCCAAACCAUCUGUAGUGAAAAUACACUUCGUUUCGUACAAUCAUUGCCAAAACGUGAAAAAGUACCUUUUUCACAAAAGUUUGCGAAUGCCGAAUCUGAAGCAUUGGAUUUACUUGAAAGGAUGUUAGUUUUUGACCCGAAAAAACGUAUUACUGCCGAACAAGCUUUGGCGCAUAAAUAUUUAGAACAUUAUCAUGAUGAAUCCGAUGAGCCUAUCGCAGAUGAACCUUUUGAUUGGUCCUUCAAUGAUGCAGAUCUACCUGUUGACGAUUGGAAAGUGAAGAUGUAUCAUGAAAUUUUGGAUUUCCAUAAUGUAGAUGGUCAAAAUUACACGGAAAAUCCAGAAAUUCAACAAUCUUUUUCAUAA